CGUGUCCUGUCUUCUUUACCAUAAUAAUCAUAAUCCCCACUCAACUUUUGGUUUCUCCUCUUUGUUUGCCAAUCAUAGAUCAUUAAGUAACAUCCCUUAUUUUCCAAUUAAAGAACAAAAAAGAUGGCAAUAAUGCUCCAAUCUUCAAGUUUCUUGAAUUCAUAUAAUUCUGUUCCUUCAACAUCAUGUUGCAGUUGUAGAAGAGGACUGAUAAGAGCGAAUAUUAAUAUUCCAAAUAAUCAGACAUUUAACAUCUCCCUUCCCAGGCUUCAAAGUCGAGCUAGAUCAGUGCAGGAACAAGAGUUUAUUAGUGUGUUAUCAACCAGCAGCAGCCCAAUUGAGAAACAAUUUAGUCCGUCAAAAAGAAUUGAUCCUUUGGUUAUCGAGAAGCUUUACGCAAUCAAGGAGGCAAUUGCAGAUAGAGUGGAGAUGCAUAGAAAUAUUGGAGAACAGAGAAGCCAGUGGAACAAUAUGCUUUUGACAUCUGUUAAUGGGAUUACACUAGCUGCUGCUACAAUGGUUGGAAUUGCAGCUAGCAGUGGUGAUCCUAUUUUGGGACUAAAAAUGUCAUCCACUUUGAUGUAUUUGGCUGCUACUGCCAUGUUGGUCACCAUGAACCAAAUUCAACCAUCCCAACUUGCUGAAGAACAAAGAAAUGCAAUAAGGCUUUUUCAAGAUCUCUAUAACCAAAUAGAAACAACUUUAUCAAUCGGGCAUCCUUCUGCUAUUGAUGUCAAAGCAGCUAUGGACAAAGUAUUGGCUCUUGACAAGGCAUACCCCCUUCCUCUUCUUGGUGUAAUGCUAGAGAAAUUUCCAUCUACUGUUGAGCCGGCUGUUUGGUGGCCUCAACAACGUCGAAGACACCCCAAAAGGGACACUGACAAUGGAAACGAUUGGAAUGGAUGGAACGGUAAAUUGGAAGAGGAAAUGAAAGAAAUAACGGGAGUGUUAGGUAAAAAAGACCAAGAAGAAUAUAUUAGGCUAGGGGAGAAGGCCUUGAAAUUGAACAAGUUUUUAGCCAUAUCUGGUCCUUUGCUCACAGGCCUAGCGGCAGUUGGCUCUGCAUUAGCAGGUCCUUCUACUCAUGGAUCUUGGGCAGCCAUGCUUGGCAUUGUCGGUGGCGCAUUGGCAAGUGUAGUUAACACAGUAGAGCAUGGUGGACAAGUGGGAAUGGUAUUCGAGAUGUAUAGAAGCAACGCUGGUUUCUUCCAGUACAUGCAGGAAUCUAUUGAAUCUAACUUGACAGAAACAGAAAGGGAUAGAAGAGAAAAUGGUGAGGUGUUUGAAAUGAAGUUGGCACUGAAGUUAGGAAGGAGCUUAUCAGACCUGAGAGAUCUUGCUGCUUCUUCUUCAUGUAAAGCAGAAGAUUUAGAUGAGUUUGCCAGCAAGCUUUUUUAGAGUAGUUAUUCACAGUAUAACGCAUCGACAAAAUGCAGUACAUAUCAUUGUUUACGCGAGUAGGACUAACUCAUUCUUUUAUUCAAUUGUAACCGCUUAUAAGGCCAAGUACUUGCAAGUUGCAAAUUUCAACUUGCUUGAUUCAUAUUUAUGU